ACCACUUGCAGGUUUUGGAUGAGACUAAGUAUUCUAUUGUUGAAAAUUCUAUAGUUCUGUUGUAUGAAUUCUUGUUGGUUAAUUCAAUUACCACAUAGAUUGCAGCACAGGAUUACAUUGCAGAGAAGAAAAAGUUUGAAAAACAUAUACAAAUGGUAGAGAGUGAAUGUACUAAGCUGAAGAAAGAACUACAAGAACAGCAUAAAGAUAUUCAGUAUCUUACACUAGAAUCUAACCGGAGUCACGAGACGGCACGAAUCGCCACAAGAGAAGUUGAAGCAGUAAAACAAGAGCUUAUAGAAGAGCGCAAAAAUGUUGAACGAAUUAAAGAGAAUUUUAUUAGAGAUAUUACAUUCUCCGAUUCAAAAGCUAUUGUCGCCGAGGCAAAACUGAGUGAUCUUCAAAGAAAAACAAAAUUGAGAGAUUAUAAGGCAUGCACUAUAUGUCUGACUAAUGAGAAGGACAUGGCAUUUGGGUGUGGACACAUGACUUGCAGAGACUGUGGAUCAAAGUUAUCAAAGUGUCCAAUAUGUCGUGAGCAGAUCACAAGUCAUAUUAAGUUGUUUUCUGGCUGACUCCCUGUUUUUAAGUGCUUUUGUGGUCACCAAAUAUAGGUUGUACAUAGAUUCUCAUAGUAAUUGGACCAGCAUUGGGAGGUUA